AUGGUCUUUGGUUCCUUCUUCUCCGUCUCAAAACUUGGUUGGCUGCAAGCGUCCCAUACCAUAUUUCUCCUUCUAUAUGCCGACGACAUCGUGGUAACUGGCAGUGAUUCCACUCACCUCCAACAAUUCAUCUCCUUUUUAGGUGGCCACUUUAACAUCAAAGAUCUUGGUCCACUCAGCUAUUUCUUGGGUUUACAGGUUCUUCAUAAGGAUGGCACUCUCCACAUCAAUCAACUCAAAUAUGCACAUGAUCUUUUAAAGAAAGCCAAUCUUCUCAACUCCAAACCCGUAUCUACUCCAUUGGCUGCCAAGGUUCUCCUCUUUGUCUCUGAUGGUGCUCUUAUCUCCAACCCAACCGAGUAUCGCCUGCUUGUUGGCAGUUUACAAUAUCUCACUCUUACUCGCCCUGACAUAUCUUUUGUCGUCAACACUGUUGCUCAGUUCAUGAGUGCUCCUCGCACCUCUCACCUUGUUGCCGCCAAACGGAUACUUAGGUACAUCAAGGGCACUAUUGAUCUAGGCCUCACCUUCACUCCUCAAACUGCCUCUACUCGCCUCUCUGCCUACUCUGAUGCGGAUUGGGCUGGGUGCCCCGAUUCUCGUCGGUCCACCACUGGAUAUGUGAUUACCCUUGGAACUAAUCUCAUCUCAUGGUGUUCCAAGAAACAGCCUACAAUCUCGCGCUAUAGUACAAAGUGA